CCUUCAGAGUUAACUACUCCCAAAACUGUGGAACUUAUUGGUAGAUCGCCGUCAAAAUUCCUGUGUGCUUGUCUGUCCAGCGCCAACUGUUCGACAAAAGUCCUGAAAGACGAAGAAAGCUAAAAUCUGAAUCUCCAUGGCCUGGUUUAGACCCAUUUGCGUCACCAUGAGAUCCAGUGCUUCGUUGCUACUCAGAAAACCCGUACAAGCUCUCACAAUGAUUAUCUUCUUUGCCAUUGCUUUCUCAAUGCUUUCAACCAUGCGACGCCGAUUUAGUCCAAGAAAGAGUACUCUUGGUGACCCGAGUGACUGUAAUUUUCCGGCGAUAUUCAACUUCGGAGAUUCGAAUUCUGAUACUGGUGGCAAAUCAGCCGCUUUUCAUAGGCUUCCUUCUCCAAAUGGAGACACUUUCUUCCACAAACCUUCUGGGAGGUACUGCGAUGGGAAAGUCAUACUUGAUUUCAUUGCUGAGAACCUGAGUUUGCCGUACGUGGGUGCGUAUUUGGACUCCAUUGGAGCAAAUUUUCGACGCGGGGCAAAUUUUGCCACAGGAGGGUCCACGAUUCAGCAUGUGGACACGAAGAUAUUUGGGGCCGGUUUUAGUCCCAUCUCGUUGGAGAUACAGCUUUUGCAGUUCAAGCAGUUCAAAGCGCGCACCGAUGAGCUUUUCAAAGAAGCUACAAGUUCUUACGUCAAGACAAGUCUCCCGAGGCCAGAAGACUUUUCAAAGGCCUUAUACAGUUUAGAUAUUGGUCAGAAUGAUCUUCAUGCAGGGUUGAAGUCCAUGACAGAAGAACAACUCAAGGGCUCAUUUCCUGAUAUUACCAGUAUGUUAGCUUGGACAGUAAAGGAGCUAUACCAACUAGGAGCAAGGACAUUUUGGAUCCAUAAUACUGGUCCUAUUGGCUGUUUGCCUUAUUCUGUUAUACAUUUUCCUCCUAAGCGUGAAAAUAUGGACAAAAAUGGUUGUGUCAAGUCCCAGAACGAGGUUGCCAUGGAAUUCAACAGGCUUCUCAAACAAAGGGUUUCCCAACUUAGGGUGGAACUACCUGAUGCAGUACUCACUUACGUUGACAUCUACUCGGCCAAGUACUCCUUGAUCUCUCAAGCAAAGAAGCUUGGUUUUGGUGAUCCACUAGGAUACUGUUGCGGGCAUUACGGAGAUCACUAUGUCCAAUGUGGUAAGAAGGCAACAGUAAACGGGACUGAGGUCGUAGGGAAUGCUUGCAGUGAUCCUUCAGUUUACAUUAGUUGGGAUGGUGUGCAUUAUUCUCAUUCUGCAAAUAAAUGGGUAGCCCACCAAAUUCUUGAUGGAUCUCUCUCGGACCCUCCAAUCUCCAUCACUCAAGCUUGUCAGAAGCGUCUUAAUUCAUGAUGACGAGCCCAAGAUAUGGAAUUAGGGAAGCAGAGAAUCACGGAUUUACUAAUCCUUUCAUGAUGACCCUUUAAAGUACAUUAACUGGGACGGCGUGCGUGACUCUCAUGCUGCAAACCAGUGGGGGGCCUACAGGAAAUCUGAUGGCUCAUUUUUCAGACCCUCCAUUUUCCAUCACACAAGCAUGUCACCACCAUAUUAUAUCCAUAUGUCUUUACUACUUC